CCCAAGCUAGACGAACCGCCAUUUACGUUACUGCUGGGCAUUUGUUGUGGAAUAUAACUCGAAGCAGAUCUAACUUGAGCCGCAAAGAAUUUCGUACCUGUAAUAACAGUGAGAACAUUUCGAUUAUUUCACGUGAAACGUUUUUGUCAUAUGGUGCACAUCAACCGACGGAGAUGAGUACUUUGGCGACCGGCGAAGCUCGGACCGACGGGGGCACCGAAGUGGAGUCGGACGAGAGUGAUGGAAAUGCUGGGUUUUUGAGGGCCGCAAGGGACGGAAACCUUACAGAGGUUCUGGAAUACCUCAAGGGGAGUACAGACAUAAAUACCAGCAACCCAAAUGGCCUGAAUGCUCUACAUUUGGCAUCCAAGGAAGGCCACAUCAACAUCGUCACUGAGCUGCUCAACCGCGGGGCCAACGUUGAAGCAGCCACCAAGAAAGGAAACACUGCCCUGCACAUCGCCUCGCUCGCUGGCCACGAAGACAUCAUCAAGAUCCUCGUUGAAAAUGGAGCCAAGGUCAAUGUACAGGCACAGGCUGGCUUCACUCCCCUGUACAUGGCAGCCCAAGAAGGUCACGCAGAGGUCCUCAAGUUCCUGUUAGGGAACGGAGCCAACCAGAGCCUGGCCACUGAGGAUGGGUUCACUCCCCUGGCUGUAGCUCUUCAACAAGGCCAUGAGAAGGUGGUUAGUGUGCUCCUCGAACAUGACAGCAAGGGCAAGGUUCGCCUGCCUGCCCUGCACAUCGCCGCUAAGAAAGACGACGUCAAGUCGGCGGCGCUGCUGCUACAGAACGAACAGAACAACGUCGACACGCAGACCAAAAGUGGAGGCCUCGUUAAUGACACAACUAAGAGUGGCUUUACCCCGCUGCACAUUGCUUCUCACUAUGGUAACACAAAUGUGGCCAAGCUACUCAUUACUCGUGGGGCAGAGGUCAACUUCAAGGCCAAGAAUAACAUCACACCCCUGCAUGUGGCAUCUCGCUGGGGGAAAGCUAACAUGGUGACAUUGUUGCUAGACAACCAAGCAACCAUUGAUGAGAGAACUCGCGAUGGGUUAACUCCCUUGCACUGUGCAUCUCGUUCGGGUCACGAGGGUGUUGUUGAUCUUCUCCUGGAACGUGGCACUCCAAACUCGUCAAAAACAAAGAAUGGUUUGACCCCGCUUCAUAUGGCUGCACAGGGCGACCAUGUUGACUGUGCGCGUCUGCUGCUGUACCACAAGGCUCACCUCGACGAGAUCACUGUCGACUACCUGACUCCGCUUCACGUGGCUGCUCACUGUGGGAACGUCAAGACGGCCAAACUGCUCCUCGACAGGAAGUGUGAGGCCAACGCUCGAGCUUUGAAUGGUUUCACUCCACUACACAUCGCCUGUAAGAAGAAUCGGAUCAAGGUCGUAGAGCUGCUGUUGAAGUACGGAGCCUCCAUUGAAGCAACCACUGAGUCUGGUUUGACUCCGCUGCACGUGGCCAGCUUCAUGGGUCACAUGAACAUCGUGAUCUACCUGAUCCAGCACAACGCCAACCCCAACACGCCGACGCUGCGUGGGGAGACGUCGCUUCACCUGGCGGCCCGCGCCAACCAGACGGACAUCAUCCGCAUCCUGCUGAGAAACAAUGCAACUGUCGACGCCACAGCCAGGGAGAAGCAGACUCCACUGCACAUUGCUGCUCGUCUCGGCAACGUUGACAACGUCGUUCUGCUGCUACAACACGCGGCCUCCCCGGACGCGGUCACCAAGGACCUGUACACCCCGCUACACAUCGCUGCCAAGGAGGGUCACGAGGAGGUCGCGCAGGUUCUGCUGGACCAUGGCGCGUCACAUGACAUGACCACCAAGAAGGGCUUCACUCCGCUACACAUAGCGGCAAAGUAUGGAAACAUCAAGGUGGCUCGUCUGCUGCUGCAGAAAGACGCGAACCCGGACGUACAGGGGAAGAACGGACUGACACCGCUACACGUCGCCACGCACUACAACCACGUGAACGUCGCUCAGCUCCUCCUUGAACACAAGGCCAACCCACACGCAGCAGCCAAGAAUGGCUACACACCACUGCAUAUUGCGGCUAAGAAGAAUCAGAUGGACAUUGCUACAACCCUGCUGGAAUACGGAGCCAAACCCAACGCUGAAUCCAAGAACGGUUUCACCCCUCUUCACCUGGCGGCUCAGGAGGGUCACACAGACAUGGUAUCUCUUCUGCUUGAACACAGCGGUGACGUCAACGCUAAGGCGCACAAUGGUCUAACCCCUAUGCAUCUUGCGGCUCAAGAAGACAAAGUAAACGUGGCUGAAAUUCUGAAGAAGUACGGUUCCGACGUUGAUCCACAAACAAAGGCUGGUUACACCCCACUGCACACAGCCUGCCAUUUCGGUCAGACCAACAUGGUUCGAUUCCUGCUCGACAAGGAGGCCUCCGUGAAUGCCACAACAAAGCUUGGCUACACACCUCUCCACCAAGCAGCUCAGCAGGGUCAUGUCCAGGUCUGCAACGUUCUCCUCAAACACGACGCCUCACCCAACGCCGUCACAAAUAACGGCCAGACGGCACUUGCCAUCGCACAGAAGCUGAAUUACAUCAACGUCGUGGACGUUCUCAAGGACGUGACGUCUGUUGAGCAGACGCUGCCUGUCUCGGAGGACAAGUACAAGGUUGUCUCCCCUGAAACCAUGCAGGAGACCCUGAUUUCCGACUCGGAGGAUGAAGGAGGAGAUGAUUUUAUGCCCCAGUCACCUCUGUUUGGAAAACCCCUGUCAGAACAACAUGUCUACUUGUCGUAUUAUGAAGGACAGAAAUUGCAGAAUCGUGAAGACAGUCUGUCGAUGGAACGUGGUGGCAGCUUAUCUCCCCUUGAUGUUUCGUUUGACAAGGAUGUUCAGCUGCGCCCCCACACUGAUGCACGAAACCGCAUCUUGAGUGAGAUGGGGGUCUCCAUGGCCUACCCAUCUUACUUGGAAAAGGGACCCAACUAUGAAGAAGAAAUGAGAUAUUACCAUGGUGACACACUGUCGCCAAAAGACAAGGAUAGCAAGUCCCGAAUGGACAGCUUCGGUAUCGAUUACACGACUCUCGGUCGAGAUUCUUCGAUGUCCGAUAGUCGUGAUUCCACCCUGGCCCGCGAAUCGGCCACCAUGCAGUUCCGUCCCCAUGACGACAGUAUGGUCGAUUCGGAAUAUGAUGAUGAGUUAAAAUAUAUGACUGACGAUGCAGCAAUGAAAAAGAAACAAGAUUUGUUUACGGAGGACCUGUACGCACGUGGGUCUAUGCGCUAUGGGAAGGAUGAGGCGCCGGUCUACCGGGAUUCCGUGUUCGCGGCCAACGAGCUAAAAGCUCAGGACUCCCCGAAGCCGCGCAGUGUUAUUUAUCAGGGCGAUUAUUCGGGCACCAGCAGCCUGAAUGAGAGUUUUAAACAAGGACCAGACGACUCGGUCACUUUCGGCAACCAGGACUACAUGGAAGCGCAGAUCGUGGGCCAGUCGUUCCACCAGCAGUACUCGGGGCCACCGCCCGAUAACCGUUACCUGGCUGGUGGGCCGAGCGCGUCGGAAAAUGCACGGUUCAGUUCUUACAGUGGAUCUUCGUUUAGUACCAGCUUCGAUCCUGACAACGUACCAGUCGACAGAGCACCAGUCUACUCUGGCAAGCUGAAAUGGAGGAGCUUCUUGAUCAGCUUCAUGGUGGACGCCCGCGGCGGGGCCAUGCGGGGGUGUCGCCACUCGGGUGUGCGCAUCAUCAUUCCACCGCGCAAGGCCGCCAUGCCAACGCGCGUCACAUGCCGCCUCAUCAAGAAGGAGAAGUUACUGCACCCCCCUCCACUCCACGAGGGGGAGGGCCUCGCAGCCAGGAUACUCGAGAUGGGGCCAGUCGGAACUACGUUUCUGGGACCGAUCAUCAUCGAGGUCCCUCACUUCGCGUCUCUGCGCGGCAAGGAGCGUGAGGUGGUCAUCUUGCGCAGCAACAACGGCGAGGACUGGACGGAGCACCCGCUGAUCGCGACGGAGGAGGCUGUGCACAGCGCGCUCGGCGGCAGUCUGGAAGGUCUGAACGCCACGACCAUGGUGUCAGCUAGUCAGUCAGAGAAUAGUCUGUGGAAACUAGACCAAGAAGAAGACUUGACUGCCAAGAGGAUCACCCGCAUUCUGACAACAGAUUUCCCACAAUACUUUGCACUGGUGUCGCGUAUCCGCCAGGAAACCAAGCAGAUAGGCGAGGAGGGGGGUGUCAUCAGCUCGACUGUGGUGCCCCAGGUGCAGGCAGUAUUCCCCAAGGGGGCUCUCACGAAAAAGAUCAAAGUUGGCCUACAGGCACAACCCAUUGCACCCGAACUUGUCACAAAACUGUUCGGUAACCGCGUGGCCGUCAGUCCCAUUGUCACGGUGGAGCCGCGACGGCGCAAGUUCCACGAAAACAUCACCCUCACCAUUCCAGUGCCGAAGGCUGCCCAGAAAGGGAUGAUCAACCAGUACGGAGGGGACAGACCGUCCUUGCGUCUCCUGUACAGUAUUUCUGGCAACAACUCUCACAACAGAGACAAGUUUGAGCCAGCCGUGUGGGAAGACCUCACCAAGCAGAAGCCGAUGACGCUGGUCGACGACUGCGUCUCUUUCACUACUUCCACGUCUGCAAGGUUUUGGCUGAUAGACUGUCAGAACGUUGCUGAAGCUCCCCAGAUGGCGAUGGCCAUCUACAAGGAGUCAAUCAUUGUGCCCUACAUGGCCAAGUUUGUCAUUUUCGCCAAGCGACACGCCAUCGAGGAGGGGAAGCUACGGAUGUUCUGCAUGACUGAUGACAAGGUCGACAAGACUCUGGAGAAACAAGAAAAGUUUUUAGAAGUUGCCAGAAGUCGAGACAUUGAGGUCCUCGAAGGAAGGCCACAGUUCGUAGAGAUGGCAGGAAAUCUGAUUCCUGUGACCAAGUCUGGCGACCAGCUCAAAAUCAACUUCAAAUCUUUUCGAGAAAACCGUCUGCCCUGCACGGUGAAAAUUCGUGAUCUGGAUCAAGACCCGUCAGCUCGAGUGGCCUUCAUGAAGGAACCCAAGGUCGGCCGCGGCGAAGCGCCGCAAUCACCAAUAUGCAACCUCAACAUCACACUUCCCGACAUGACCAAGUCGGCCUCAAGUGACCUUGAUUCUGAAGCAGCAUUAGAAAUAGAGAAGAAACACACCAUGUUACGAGAACACAGCAUAGUUAUUCAAGACACGGUGACGUGUGCGCAGAUGAAGCUGACUGACAUCGCGGACACGCUGCAGGGAGACUGGGUCGUUCUGGCCCAGCAGCUCGACGUCCGCAUGAGUGACAUCAACCACAUCAAGGGUGACUACAACACUGUCAACGACCAGGCGCUCGCCAUGCUUAUGCUCUGGGUCGACAAGAAGAAAGAGAAGGCAACAGGGAAUGCAUUAGAGAGUGCCUUGAGGACGAUAAACCGCGACGACGUUGUUAAGAAGUGCAUGUACAACGUCCAGCCGGUCGAAGAUGAAGUUGAGGCUGCAGCGGCACGGGCUGCUAUGGAUCAGUCAGGUUUCGAUACUUUUAAAGAGGAAGUAGGCAUUUCGAAAGAUUCCAUGAAGCGGGGCAUGUCAUUAGACGUCCAGUUUGAUGAACAGGACUUAAUAAAGAGUCUUGAUGAUAUUCAGGAAUCUGAAUCGGCGGAGGAGGAGUCGAGUCCGAGCAGUACAAGAGGUUCGAUCGUCGACCGGACGGCUCCCCGGGUGGAAGCAGAAACAACAGGUUCUAGGCCCGAGUCAAUAACAGAAGAACAAAUUUUAGCUGAACUAGAUUUACGCAGACCCGUAGCUAAAGUUACGACCCCUGAGGAAGAUGUGAGUGUUUCCGAGAAGAAGAAAGAGGCUUACCUCGACCUGGCAGCUCAGAUGGAUGCUCUCGCUCAGCAAGAGGAGGACGAACAACGCAGGCACCAGCAGGAAGAACUAGAGAAGAGGGAGUCUGUAUCGGAGGAGCAUGUUGUUAGGAGUGAAAAGGGGAGCCCGGAGGAGGUGGUACAAAAAGUGAGCCAAGCCAUCGCCCAGGUUUCUCAUCUAGAGCAGGUCGUCUCCCAGCCCGCCAGUGAAAGCACUGUGGUGUACAGGGGAGAUCAAGGUUCCGCGGCGGAGGCCGACGAGGAAGAAGUGUUAACCCCUCCACCGAGUCCCACCGAGCUUGUUGCAGAGGAACGAACUAUACAGGAAUCAAAAACAGAGGAGAUCACAGUGUACGAGGAAGUCUAUAAAAUAUCUGACGAUGGUGUCACGUGGAAAACUAUUCGUAAGGUUACCACGGUAACCCCACAGGGCACCAGCGAACAGACAGAGGUUCUGAAAGAAGAAAGAAUUCCUCCAGUGCAUGAGAAAGACGUUGAGAAAGCUGCUGAGAUUCUACGGACCGAGAGCCAGACGGAAGAAACUGUCUUUGAUUCUAGUCUACAAUCUGAUGAAUCUUACUAUGAAGAAGUCCUCCCUGAUGGUACAGUAGUUCGACAUCGCAAAAUCCGUACCCCAAGUAAAACAGGUUCAUCUGACAGUAACAUCAUGGAACUUGUAGAAAGUGAAGGACCACCUGUGCUGGAAACAAAGGAAGAAACCCGUCAAGAGGUUCUUCCUGAUGGAACCGUACAUAUGACCCACAUAGUGAGACGCCACUCGGUAAAACACAUUCGAAAGAGUCUGAUGUCUGAAACGGGUGAGGAGGAGGUGCAAGAGGACGACCAGGUUUCAAAAACCGUAGCUGAAGAUAUUAUUGAAACAUUUGACGAGCCUCCGCGAUGUAUCCAGGAGGAAGAAGAUGUUGUGCAGGUUCUUGACGAUGGCCGUGUGGUCAAGAGGCAUGUCAUCAUGAACAGAAUGGUCCAUCACAUCAAAACUAAGCAUCAGUCCUUUGACGAGACUACGGGUGUUUUUGAGGAAGAGUAUGAGAUUGAUGAAGCCAUCCCUGGGACAGAGUCUGCCUUCAUAGCAGGAAUGGAUACACCAUCGGAUCUGUCAGAGACUGAUGAAGAUGAGGAACUGGAGGGCAAUCUGGAGGCUGACAUUGGAGAAGUGGAACAGGUUCUCGAUGAUGGCACCAUCAUCACCAGGAGGCUGAUAGCCAGUGAAGAAGUCCGAAAAGUCCGCUCAAGGUCUGGAUCCAUUGACGAGACCUUAGAACAGCGGUUUGUAAGCGAGGAAGAAGUUGCUCCCAGCCCUCGAUCCCACUCACCUAUUGCUGAAAUAGGUCGGGAUAAUGCCUCACAGGUCAUCGGUCUGUUUGAGUCACAGCAUGAAACUGUUCAGACCAAGUUCACCACCGCUCAUCUGGAGGAGAAACGAUCCAAGGAAGCCAUCGAACAAAGCAUCAGUGUUGUCGAAGACCUGCUCAGGAAAGGAGCCAUUCAAGCAGAGGGCACUGAAAGUUCUGUGGACCGUGGAGAGCAAUUUAUGCACAGGUCUGUUCACCAGAUUACACCUGAUGGAAGUUCAGUCGAUGCCCAGGCUGAAAGUUCUGUGGAUCCUGCGACAGUUGAUAACUUGGUUGAUUUUUCUGAUACGCCAGUCAUAACUGUUACUGAGGACAACAGCAUUCCCCCAGACGAAGAUGACUAUGUAGCAUAUUUUGGAAUAAAAGUUGACGAAAAAGCAGCUUCUUUGGAUGAUGAGGACAAGGAUAUUUACCCAGAUGCAUCAGACUUUGAGACAGGGAAAGAUGUGGACAAGCUUAGCUCCUCCAGCUCUGAGGUGGCUCAGCUGGAUGAUGUCAUUGAUGACAAAGAUGCUGAAAUACGUGAAACCACCGAGGAAAAAACUGAGGAAACAGAUGUGGAAGAGCAGUUCUCUCCCCUUACUAAAAGCUCCCCUGCAAAACAAGCCCUUGAUCUUGAACUUGCCCCUGAGAAAUCUUUUUUUCCUGAAAGUUCUCUAGACUUGCUAACAUCCUCUGAUCAUCAGCUUAGUGAUUCUAGUGUACUAACUGUUACUAACACUUUACUAGUAGGUCCCUCUCCCACUGACCAACUGUGCACUAUUGGGGAAGAUGAUGAUGGAACUGGGCAGAUUAUGAAAGAAUCAAUUGAAUUGGAUGAGAAAGACAUGGAACAGAGGUUGGCAAUAUUCAGUGAGGAUGUUACUACUGACAGUUUGAGAGAAUCUGAACGAGAAAGCCGAAAAGCAUUGUUGCUAACUCAUGACCGUCCAAGUUUGGACAGUCCUACUUCUGACCAGUAUCAUGGUGUUGAAAGCACAACAGAAACUGAACCUGAUGCCAAAAUACAAGUUGAAGUUGAGCGUGAUAAGAAAAAGCCUGCACCAUUAGAUUUACAAUCAUUGUCUGGCAUCAGAAAAGAUGAUUCAGUUGAUUCCUGUGGAGAACUUGAGGGUGCAGAACACCAUGAGAGAGAAACCCGCUUACAAUAUAUGGCUUUUGAUAAUAUGGCUUUCUCUGCCGAUGACUCUGAACAAGGUGCUGUUGGAAUGAGUGCUCAAGCUUCAGUAUCCCUGCCUAAACACUUGCUUCAGAAACAGGACACAAAAGAUAUAUCACCAGAGGAUCUGGAAGAAAAACCUUUCACAUUUGAUUUUCAAGAUGAAUUUGACAAAGAACGUGAUCAACACCAGGAGGUAGCAGAUGAGAUGGACAGAGUUGAAAGAAUUGUAGAAAAGAGAAGAUACACUGAAGAGAGAGAAGAUUACUCGAAGGAGAUCAAAGAAAUCACUUCUCACAGUGAAACCUAUCAGUCUGCAUCUGUAGUAGAAACAAAAGAAUCUACAGAAACCAAAUCUCUUAUAUUUCACAAAGAAGAGAAAUCUGACAUAGAACAGUCUGUUAGCUCUAUAGAACAAGUCUCCGAGUUUGAAAUAACUGAAACUGUUCACAUGGCUAAAGAUGAAAGAACAUCUGAAAUUUUAAAAGAUGAAGAAUCUAGAUUUGAAUCUGAGAAAGGAAAACAUGAUUCUACAGAAGGUCCUUUGCAUGCUCCUGAUCUGAUCCAAGAUAUUUUGUUAGCAGAUUCUACUGGACAAGAUACUGAGCUGGUGGAUGAAAGCUCCUCUGAAAGUAGUACUGAUAAAGACUAUGAAAUCUUUGAUGAGUUGUCUGGAUCAUAUAUCAUUGUACCAUGGGAAGUAGCUCACCAGUUCAAGCGACAGUUUUCAGAAUCACUGAUUGAACAGGAAAAGAAAACAUCUUUUAAAACAUGUCAGAGCAUUGAUAUGGGAAGUUUCUACAGAAGAAUAGAUAAAGAUACAGAUGAUUUUCCUCCCGUAAGCUUUACUGAGGUUAAUACUGAUUUGUCUACUCUUUCACAAAGUGAAACCUCAAGAACAUCUUUAUCAAGAGCAAAACAAGUAACUUUUCAGUUGUCAGAGAGUGAAUUCAUUGAAGAAGAAGAAGAAGAAGAGGAAAUGAAAACUGGUUUUGACAUUCCAUCUAAACCAACACAUGCAUUUGAACCUCAUGAUUUAAUAGAAAAGACUCAUGAAGCAGAAGUUAUGUUUACCAUAACUGAAAAUCGUCGGAAUGUUAAAGAGGAGAUAGCUAGAAAUGAAACUUCCUUAAUGCAGUCAGAGUACUUUUCUCCAGCUAAAGAGUUUGAUAAAUUUAUAGCACAGGCUUUCUCAGAAGUCUCGGAAGAGAGUAAACAAGAUAUGAUAGACGCUUUGACAGCAGAGUGCUCUCAAUCAUCAACUGAGAGAUAUACAGAGUCUCAUUAUCGUGCAGAAAUUUCAUCCUCUAAGCUAGUCCGUGAGGACAGUACUGACAGCCGGCCAGAUGAUCAGCUAUUUCCCAUUCAGGCAACAUCUGUAAGUGUAGUUAACAAGGAAUCUAGGCUGGCACAGCAAGAGCUUUUACAAGAAAUGGGUGAUGAGAAGGACAGAUCAGUAUCACCAUCAGUUGACAGUGAGGAACUGUCCACCACCUAUGAAAGUCAAGCUGAACUUCAGGAAGAGCUAGGAACAACCAUGCACCACAGUCAACCUCAGAGUAAGUUUCCAAUGGCUGUGCACAGCUUGGGUAAAGCUUUGGUAGACAAUGAGAUUUACGAGUCCUCUGAAACUGAAAGAGAUUCCACAGAAGAGAAACUUUCUCCUAUUGAAGAAGCCCCAACUGGAGAAAUGAUAGAAGAAAUGUCUGGCGACUCGACACUGAAGUUGGGACAGGCUGAGAAAAAGGUCACUUUUCAAACUGAGACUUUGGCAACCAGAAGCACAGAAAUGCAUAGUGAAGAUAUAAAAACAUCCACAUCAUCUUCUGAAGUUUCAGUAGAACCCACUCUGUUAGCGGCGUCAUAUGACCUAGACACGGGUCAUGUUUCACGUGUGGUUACUGCAUAUGAUAUUUCACCAGACUCUGUAGACAAACAGACUGUGCCAGAGGUCCCAGCAAAGUCAAUUCUUUCUAGUCCAGAGGAUGAUGUCUUUGAAACUGAUGCCUCUGCAAUUACCCCAACUAUGGAAGAUGAGGACAGUGUUAUUAUGAUAUCAAGUAAGUUGAGCUCAGGCUCUGAGUUGUAUCCAUCUCCUCCAGCACCCACACCACAAGACUCUGUAGCCGUAGAAACCUCAUAUGACCUAGCUAGUGCCAGUUCAAAGUUGGAACAAAUGCAGUUUGAACAAAAAGAUGAUGAAACAUCUAAAUCUGACACACCUGUUACUGAAACUGCACCAGAUGAAUUUGGCUCACCAUUUGAAAUUAUGUCUCCCAGUGAGCUUAUUGAUUUGGGUUUUCAGUCAGAUGUUUGUGUUGAGGUAACUGCUACUACGUGUGUUCAGAUGUCACCAGAAACAUCUGCAGCUGGUCAGGAAUUCUAUGAAGAGACAGAUAAAGAUUCUGUCUUGUUAUUAAAUGGUCCAACUGAAGUGGAAUAUAAUGCCAAAUAUGAUUCAGAACUUAUAGAAUCUAGUGAACAGCAAACAACUAAAGUAACAGAGCAAGCAGGCACCGAAAGCCAGUUGAUAGACUUUGACAUGACACCAUCUACAUUGCAUACUACAUUCUCCUUAACUGAAGAGCUAGCAGUGCAACAAAGACAAGAAUUGACUAGUUCAGAACAAACUCUCUACGGGUUUGAAAUGCCAUCUGAAGAGGCUGGAACAAUCCUGACAUCAUAUUCUUUCAAAGAGUCUAGUGCUGCCAUAGAUUUUGACCAGGCAUCUGAUAGAACACAACCACCAGCUGAAAUAACAUUUCAGACAGAUGAGACCUUAACUGGAGACGAAACUCUUACUGGAGAUGUUUCUGAUGUACAUAAAGUUCCAGACGAUGUUUCAGGUGAAGAGACCUUCCAAGCGGAUGAUGAGGUCCAAGAGUCCUGGAAACGAUCUCCGUCUCCUCCAUUAGAACAACACAUGACUCAUUCCCAUGAGAUGCUAGCCCUUGAUAAGGAGGCCAUUUAUCCUGGCAAAAGAGCACUAGAAGUCGACGAAACACUGGCUGCAACCUCUGAGUAUGCUACUGACACGCUUAUUGCAGAUGAUCAGGAACACUACUUUUCAGCAAGUGAUGAAGAAUUUGAUGAAUAUAAGCCAGAUGAUACUGAUCCAGCAGAUGAUGGAGAUGAAUAUGCCAAAUGCAUGUCGAGUUAUGAUAACAGUUCUAGCUAUUUUGAACAACAGCAGGUCGAGCAAACUGAUGAGUUAAAAAGUGACAGAGACAUGAUAAAAGCAGCUGCAAUUGUAAUAAAAGAGAAAGAAUUUGCUGAAACAGCUGAGGAAGAAUUGAUUUGUUUUGAUGAUAAUCAGCAAGAACCUGAAGUUGAUGAAAGUGAACCCCCAGCAAUGCACAUUGACUUAAAAAUGACCACACAGCUCAUGACUGAAUAUUCGGAUCUGGAGAGGCCGGUAUCUCCAACACCUGAUGCUAAGCAACAGCAAUAUUUCACUGAGAAACCAGAACAAGAAUCACCAGGUCAUGUAUUAACACCAGCAGAGGAGAGAGUUAUCGAAAAAGCUGCUUCUCAGUUUGUGGAAUCUAUCUUGGAGGAUGUAAAAAUUAAAGUUACGACACCAGAAGAAGCACCUGUAGAUGAAUCAUCUGAUGAGGAGGAACCAGCUUUGGCUCCUGAUUAUGGCUCAGAAUCUGAAAGAACAGGCAGUGAUGCUGAAGCAGAUGAUGAACUCCAACCAAUGUCAACUACGACACCAGCACCCUCAUUGGUCAAGCAAAUGUCAGAGGACAUACCCGAGAUCACAAUAACACAACAUCUUCAUCCAGAGGAAGACAGUGAUGAUGAAAAUGCCCCUGUAUACUAUGCUCAUGAGCAUACAGAAAGAACUGAAGAAAUUGUUACAGAAAUUGUUGAAAGAGAGACUAUGCAGCAGGUGGAGUGUGUCCCAGAACAAGAUGAUCAAGUGGAAGAAGAGACGGUAAAGGCUGAACAGUCUGGUCAGCAAACUGCAGUGUCAUUUGCUGCUGAAAUAGGUGAGGAUAGUGUUGAAGGUGUUGUUGAAGAAACUGUUGUAAUGUCUCGUCAGUUAGCUGUUGAAUGUGUCCCUGAAGCAGGUGAUGAGGAUGAGGAAGAAGAGGUCAAAGAAGAAGUGGUUGUUGCCACCAAAAGAGCAGAAACUGAAAUGGGUCUUUGUUUGGCAACUAUGCGCCAGCAUGAUAGUACUGAUGGUGAUUUUGAACAUUACUCUGUUGAUUGUAGUGAAGCUGUGAAAGAGAGUGUUGAUGGGAGCUCAGACACAAUGCAUAGCACUGAUGACUUUACAGAUGUUGGUGAGAGUUCAGAAUCUGUUCCUUUUUUAGUGAAAAUUGACUCAGAAUUAGUCCCCACAGUUGAGAAAAGUGAUGAGGUACAACUUUCUGUGGAAACUGUAGAGAGUGAUUCUGGGUCAGGAACACCAGAAAAUGAACAAAUACCUGAAUGGACAUGUAUUGAAGGUAGUGAUACCAAAGAAAAGGGUGAAACCCAAAGUAUCAAACAAAAAGUGGAUGAUAGCUUUACACUUCUUGUUCAAAAGCAAGAAGAAAAGCCUCAGGAUUAUUUUGACAUGACAAGUCCUGAGGACCCAGGAGAUUCCUCUAGUGUGGACAGCUUUGCCACCGUGAUAGCUGCCGAGGUGGAGGAAUCUGAUGAUGAGCAGGUUGACGAGGAGCAGGAGGAUCGCCUGGCUGACAUUGCCUCCAUGACGUCAUCAGUCCACUCAGACAUGCAGCCCGCUGUCACAGGAGAAACUGCUGAUGAUACUGCAGAGGAUGACAGUGAUGAAGCAGAAGAACCAAAUGAAAUCCUAGAAUGGCCAAGACCACCGUAUGAAAGAGAAAUAGCAGAGAGUGAAUCUUCACUUGAUAGUGACCGAUACGAGUUCAUUGAUAGAUCGGCUUUGUCCAUUAUUACUGAGAUAUCUGAUGAAGAUAAGUUUGAGAUGAUAGAGAAGGAGGAGAUCUUAUCUGAAGGGAGUUUCUCUGACCAGAUGCACAGCUCCCCAGGAAUGCAGACACAAUCUCCAGAUAUUCAGUCACCUGAAAUUAACAACUUUAAAUUUUCCAAAGCAGCUGAGAGAGAUGAUAUUUCUGUUUCUUCAUCACUGCUAGAAUUUGAAAAGUUAGAACUUGAGGUUGGACAUUCUGGUUCUCUUAGUUCAGUUGAUGUCGGAGAAAAAGAAAGUUUUGCUGAUUCUGGAUCAUUGGAAGACAGAGACCGCAAAUCAUCAAUAAGAACUGAAGAAACUGCUUCAAUAACUUCCUCACUGGCAGAAUUUGAAAGACUGGAACAAGAAAUAGAGUUACGGGGAUCUGUCGGAUCAGAUCUUAGGGGUUCUCUAGGGUCAGUAGAUAUUAUUACACCUGAAAGUAAUGGAGCUGGGUCCUUAUCAUCGCUCAAUGAGUUUGACAGAAAUGAAAGAGAAUGUGCUACAUCACCUGAAGAUAGACGGAGCUCACUAGAAAGUAUGGACCACCAAAGCGAUACCUCAUCUCAUGCUUCUUUAGCAGAAUUUGAACAGAUUGAAAGAGAAAUUAAGACCACAGAUGAAUUAGAAGCUGAAGCACAAAAAAUAGUGACAAUAUUAGAAUCUGGAACAUUCUUCGCUUCACAAGGGUAUACAUCUUCAACAAGUCAUUCCAGAGAUACAGAUUUGGACAAGGAUUCAAUGGGUAGAAGGGAAAGUUUUGAACAAGACUCUUUGAGUGAAGGGGAUAAAAUGGGUCCCAUUGAUGCAGAUUCUCUAGAUGGUGACUCUUCCGAGUUAACAGAAGACAUGACAUCUAGUGUGGUUUUAGCUGGCCCUAAUUUGACUGUAACACAAACUACUGGUGAAAGUUCUCCAAUCUAUGAGGUGGAUAACGACUCGCUGCAAGGAGAGUCUCCCAUGCAGUUGUCAUCAGACUCCCUCAGGGAACAUAGGCUGGAGUCACAGAGAGAGUCCGAGAAAUUUGAUGAUGACUCUCUUCAUGAUCAGGAUGAUGAGAUGGAUAGGUCUGCUGAUUCAAUUGAACUAGGGUUACAGCUCGAGAGAACCAACAUGGAAGGAUCUGCCGAUUCUUUGGAGAUGGAGAGACAAAUGAAGGGUGAGCAGAGUCCAUGUGCUGGGACUGAACAACACGUCAUGGACAGAUCAGUGGAUUCUUUGGAAUUUGAGCAGCAGCAGAAAUACGAUGACGAUUCACUGCAAGAACAAGACAAUCUCAUGAAGACGUCAGCUGACUCGCUGGAGCUGGAACAAUCUGAGCAUGAUCAUGAGCAUGAACAAUCAAAUAUUAACAUCAUGGACAUGUCAGUUGAAUCCGCUGCCUGGAGCAGCUCGGGAUUCUCUCACUCAUCUGAAGAAACUCUGAUAUCAGGAGGCUCUCACAGCGACUCCAGUCAUUCCUAUGACCUGAUGCAAGUGUCUUCGGAAUCAGCAGAGUUUAAGAAAUACAUGGAAUCAAAACGCAUUGACGAGUACUCUAGCAGCACUCAGUCUAGCUGUGACAGUCAGGUGAGGUACACCACCACAACCACCAAACACAAAGUAACACGAUCAUUCUUUGACGACUAUGAUGACGGAUACACGGAAAAGAAAGAUGAACCCUUCCACUUUGACCUAGAUCGAAAUGAAUCUUCCAAAACCUCAUACCUGUCUCAGACGACACCGUACCAAGAAACUAAGAAAGUCUACAACAUGAUUGAGUGGGAGGCAAUGAAGGAAGCCAAACGACAAGCCAAACUAGCGGAACAAACCCAGUCGAGUGCAACAGAUAGUUCUCAACCUCCAGACGAAAAACCCUCCCAGCCGCAUGAUGCAUCUGACCCAAUGUGUGACCUUAACUUGACCAGCCCUCCCAUGCCCUCUAGUGAGAAUGCAUCCAUAGGCCAAACUGAAGGCACCACUGAGUAUAGCCAAGCAGCUGAGGGAGAGGCUGACUUGUAUGAAGACUCGGAGGAAGAUUCAGGUUCCAAUGACAGCUUGGAUGCAGCGGGACGUAGUGGCGAUGUGUCGACAACCAGAGUUGUGAUGAAGAAGGAGAUCCACAAGAAGACUGUGAUUGCUGACGAUGGCCAUGAGGAGACGUACAUCAAGGAGGAAUCUCAGGUGCAGCAGGAUAACGAUCCCCCCGAGGAGCUCAGAAGUACCAUGCAGGAUAUAAUUGAUGAAUUCAUGGGCAGCGAUCCUGAUAUUCCACAGAUCAAGGAUGCUCACAAGGAUGAUGCCGUUUAGUUGCCAUGACAACACUCACAUGAUUUCUCAGAAUGGACUUAUUGGUGCUUCUUCUUUUCAGUUUGGAAAGUCUUGUCUUUUAAACUUGCCAGUGUGCAAUCUGUCAAUGCAGCUUUCGAAAUUCUGUGGCAUUCCUGAAAACGUUAACCUUUGAUAGAAAGAAGACCACAACCAAUUUGAUGUACAUUUCGCCAACUCCUCACAAUAUGUACCCACCAUUCACCUGUGGAAGUGAGUUUUCAUGACUACGGUGUAUAAUAUACAAUGACAAAGUUAUGUAACAAUUAUAGUCGAGACAUCACAGACGUGCUUAAAUGCUUAUAGCUAUUAAUCCUUAGAUGCUGUUGCCAAAUAACCAUUUCCCUAUGGACUGAGACUUAACACUAUAACCUAUAGAUAGAUAUCAAUCUACAUGAUGUAAUUCAUUAAUUACGAUGAGAGACCUCACAGAAGUCAAUACACUUGAUGGAAUUCACUAAACUACGAUGAGAGACCUUCUGAAACACUUUGCUUUAUUCACAAACUGAAAACCAUAAUGAUGAAUCUACAACAGUAUGUUGAGACACCUUCCUGAAUCCCAUUACUAAUAACCAGAUGAUAUAUAGUCAAGGACAGUGGAAAAAGACUGGAUAUAGGAACUGAAACAUGACAAAGUGAUACUAAUACAGCAAAUGUAUUGCAAGAUUAGUCCUUUUUUGACAUACAUGAAUUUCAUACGGCCAAAUGCCGUUCUAUUCUUGUGACAGUUGUCCAUCGUUAUGAUGUUUAAACAAAUUAUUGUGAUCAUCUUUAUGAUGCUUACAUUACUGCAAAUAACAUCCAGUGUCAUGUUUGGUAUUGUACAUCUUAUUUAUGACUAUUUAUGCUUGCUGUUUAGGGAGUUCUUUUAUAAUCAGGAUUUUCAAUUUUACUUUCUCAACUAAUAUUAAGAUCGUAUUUUAUUUUUAACAAAAAAAAUUAAAAUAUUGGAAUAUUAAAAUGAAAAUGACAAUAAGCUUGUAUUCAUAUUAUAAAUGGUUUAUUCAUUGUGUGCUAGAUACAUUUAUAUGUAUUAUGACAAUUUUCAGAUAUACUGUUAUAAAGUUGCUUGGGUUUUUUUAUAAUUCAUACUGUAAAAACAUUUUGAAAGUGUUUGAAAAUGCAUUCUAUCUAGUUAAUAUUGAUAUGUAAAUGUAUCGUAUACAAUGAUUUUUAAAUUCAUCCACUGUGCUGGAAUGGUGAUGCAAUGUUAUUUAAAUAUGCUUCAAUCACAAAUAGCAUAUGUUAUUAAACUUAAAUCUUAGAGUAAUCUAAAAUAGACUAAAGAAGUCUUUUGUGGCCCCAUUAGACUUACUUUGGUCUAUUUUGUUUUUCUUGAAUAAUAACUGUUGUAUUUAAAAUAUACAGUUUUUAAAAAAUGUUGUAUUUGAAGUACGCUUUCGUGUUGGUAUUUUUGAAAAAUUGAUAAUAUUGGAUUAAUCGUUUUGACAAGUUUGGGAGACAUGGGUUGUGGGUACUCUUAAUUUGUAUUAAUUUCUAAAUCCACCAUAUAUGUACACCUUUGUAGACUUGUGGACUUGUAGCCACUUUCCUCCUGUCACCGUUUACUGUUCAUAUAACUUGUCUAGUGCCUGCUCUUCAAGUCUAGAUGUAGAAUAUUCUAAUAUUGUCAUCUCAACAAGACACCGAGAUGUGGUGUUUUUCUGUUAUUUUUUAUUAAAAUGUAGGAGGAAUUACAUGUGUAAGAAUUCUAAAGGUAGAUAUUGUGGUUUUUGUGACAUGUGCUCACAUAAUAAAUGCUUUAGUAUAUGAUUAAAA